AUGAAUUUGGAAAACAUCGAUGCCUUCAAUUCUUCUGGUACUGACGAGAAGCUUGGGAAUGAUAAUAACCGAGAGGAUUUGGAGAGCAGCCGGGUGAGUGGGACCAAGACGAACGGGUGUGACAGCAGUGAUAACGAGGCCACAAGCAGCAGUGUAAAUGAGAGUGGGAACAGCUUGCAGAGAAAGAGGAAUGCGGGUGGAGAUAUUGCCCCGACUACUCGUCACUACAGGAGUGUAUCUAUGGAUAGUUUUAUGGGGAAGAUGAAUUUCGGGGACGAAACGCCGAAAAUGCCCCCAUCACCGGGGCCCAUGCCUGGCCAGCUGUCGCCAACUAAUUCGGUGGAUACAAACUCGAAUGCUUUUAGCCUGGAGUUUGGUAACGGUGAGUUCACAGGUGCAGAGCUAAAGAAGAUCAUGGCAAAUGAGAAGCUUGCCGAGAUAGCAUUGAGUGAUCCCAAGCGUGCAAAGAGGAUCUUAGCCAACCGGCAAUCAGCUGCUCGUUCUAAAGAGCGAAAGAUGAGAUAUAUAGCAGAGUUGGAGCACAAG